CUGACCAGCUUCCCUGGUUUUUGAUGCUGAAGCAGGAUUGUUUUAACUAAAGAUGGAAACACUGGAGUCGGAAUUGACCUGCCCAAUCUGCUUGGAGUUAUUCGAAGACCCUCUGUUGCUGCCGUGUGCUCACAGCCUGUGCUUCAGUUGUGCCCAUCGCAUCCUGGUAUCCAGCUGCUCCUCCAGCGAGUCAAUAGAGCCCAUCACAGCAUUCCAGUGCCCCACCUGCAGGUAUGUCAUCUCCCUUAACCACCGCGGCCUAGAGGGCCUCAAGCGGAAUGUGACCCUGCAGAACAUUAUAGAUCGCUUCCAAAAGGCUUCUCUGAGUGGCCCCAACUCCCCUAGCGAGAGCCGCCGAGAGAGAACGUACCGCAAGAGCCCUGCCAUGUCCAGUGAAAGGAUAGCGUGUCAGUUCUGUGAGCAGGACCCGCCACGGGAUGCAGUGAAGACCUGCAUAACCUGCGAGGUGUCCUACUGUGACCGCUGCCUCCGGGCCACGCACCCUAACAAGAAGCCAUUCACCAGCCACCGCCUGGUGGAGCCCGUGCCAGACACACACUUCCGAGGACUCACUUGCUUGGAGCACGAGAAUGAGAAAGUGAACAUGUACUGUGUUGCGGACGACCAGCUGAUCUGUGCCUUAUGCAAACUGGUGGGACGCCACCGGGACCACCAGGUGGCAUCACUGAGUGAUCGAUUUGAGAAGCUCAAGCAAACCCUGGAGACGAACCUCACCAACCUGGUUAAACGCAAUAGUGAACUAGAAAACCAGAUGGCCAAGCUGAUACAGAUCUGCCAGCAGGUGGAGGUGAACACAGCCAUGCAUGAGGCCAAGCUGAUGGAGGAGUGUGAUGAGCUCAUGGAGAUCAUCCGGCAGCGCAAGCAAGUGAUUGCCGUCAAGAUCAAGGAGACAAAGGUUAUGAAGCUGAGGAAGCUGGCCCAGCAGGUAGCUAACUGUCGGCAGUGCCUGGAGCGCUCCACGGUCCUCAUCAAUCAAGCAGAACAUAUCCUGAAAGAGAAUGACCAUGCACGGUUCUUGCAGACUGCCAGGAAUGUGGCUGAGAGGGUCGCCAUGGCAACUGCAUCCUCUCAAGUGCUGAUACCAGAUAUCAAUUUUAACGAUGCCUUUGAAAACUUUGCUUUAGAUUUUUCCAGAGAAAAGAAACUGCUGGAGGGGCUGGAUUAUCUAACAGCACCCAAUCCACCAUCUGUCCGAGAGGAGCUUUGUACAGCUUCCCAUGACACCAUUACAGUCCAUUGGAUCUCGGAGGAUGAGUUCAGUGUCAGCUCCUAUGAGCUCCAGUACACCAUCUUCACCGGCCAGGCCAACUUCAUCAGUCUGUAUAACUCCAUGGAUAGCUGGAUGAUUGUCCCUAACAUCAAACAGAACCACUACACCGUGCAUGGGCUCCAGAGUGGCACCAGAUACAUCUUCCUUGUCAAGGCCAUAAACCAAGCUGGCAGCCGGAACAGCGAACCUGCCAGGCUCAAGACAAACAGUCAGCCCUUUAAGUUGGAUCCCAAGAUGGCUCACAAGAAGCUGAAGCUCUCCAAUGAUGGGCUGCAGAUGGAAAAAGAUGAGAGCUCCUUGAAAAAGAGCCACACGCCUGAGAGGUUCAGCGGCACUGGGUGCUACGGAGCAGCAGGCAACAUAUUCAUUGACAGUGGGUGCCAUUACUGGGAAGUGAUGGUGGGAUCUUCAACCUGGUACGCCAUCGGCAUCGCCUAUAAAUCAGCCCCAAAGAAUGAGUGGAUUGGCAAGAACUCCUCAUCCUGGGUCUUCUCCCGCUGCAACAGCAACUUUGUGGUGAGACACAACAACAAGGAAAUGCUGGUGGAUGUUCACCCACAGAUGAAGCGCCUGGGCAUCCUCCUGGAUUAUGACAACAACACUCUGUCCUUCUAUGACCCGGCCAGUUCUCUCCAUCUCCAUACGUUCAACGUUUCCUUCAUCCUGCCGGUGUGUCCAACGUUUACCAUCUGGAACAAAUCUUUGAUGAUCCUGUCGGGCCUGCCUGCUCCAGAUUUCAUCGAUUACCCAGAGCAGCAGGAGUGUAACUGCCGACCGCAGGAGUCCCCGUAUGUAUCAGGGAUGAAAGCCUGCCACUAAGCAGCAGCCAGCCCUGUCGUGCUCCACAGUGGAUCACAGGGAAUGUUUGUGGGGGCUUUUGAAAGCUGGAUUGGAAAGCAGACCCUGCCACCAGAGAAAUAACGCUCAGCGAGUGAGCACCUCCCACAGGAAUCUCAUUUUUAAGGGAAAAACAAAACUUUAAAAGCGAUUGAAAUAAACUCUGUGGCUGAACUCUG